AUGGGUAAAAAUGACUACAAUAAAAUUGGAAUGUUUGUACCAAAUGGUAAACAAUUUUGGAUUUAUAAAAAUAAUGGAGAAAUACCAUUAUCAAUAAUUAAAGAAGAAUCAAGAAGUCAAUACUCAGAAUUUACUCACAAUGAAAUACAUGAAACAGAAAGUUUAAAAUUUGUUACUUCAUUUGAAUAUGAUAGUAGUCUUAAAAGAAGAGUAAAAAAUUUUAAAGGAGUUAUGGAAAGUAUUGAAAAAUUAAAAAUUUUAAGUUCAAAUAAUUUUGACAAUAUUCAAAGUUCUAGAUCUAAAAAAAUAUCACAACAAAAGGUAGUAAAUCACAAUGAAAACAAGAAAAAUAGGAUAAUGGAGUGUCAAAGUGAUAGCCAAAAAAGAAAACUUAGCUUUGGAUAA